AUGGGCUGUAACAUGUGUGUGGUGAACCGGCCUGAGGAGCAGUACCGGAUCAUGUUCCAGAAGGGCAACUUGAUGCGUCCUAUUGAUGCUGAAAUAAAGCUCAAAGGAAGAAGAACAUCUCAUUUGUCACAAGAUAAGGAUGGGCAUCCCCACAACCCUUUGCUGCUGCAGGUGGUACGCAAGGGGCACAGAAGAAGAGCUGGCACUGCUACAGGCACAGCCAGGCUCAUGGCCAUUACAGACUGCGUGGACAGCUCUACACAGACUGACAUCAGCUUUCAGAACUUUCUAGGUGUGGGCAGAGAAAAUCAUGCUGGUUGUGGUUCUUCAAAGCCCCCUCCAUCUCCACCACUGCCACCUAUGGUGGACUCAUACCUGCUGAAUGAACUCACUUUGGAGCCGGACUGUGCUGAUCCAAACGACUAUCUCGAUGUUGCAAGCCAUGACGUGGAUCGGCAAGAGGAGCUAGAAUACGAGGAAGUGGAGCUUUACAAGUCCAGUCAGCAGGACAAGCUCGGUUUGACAGUUUGCUAUCGCACUGAUGAGGAGGACGACCAAGGGAUCUACGUAGGGGAGGUCAAUCCCAACAGUAUAGCUGCCAAGGAUGGACGCAUUCGAAAGGGUGACCGAAUACUACAGAUAAAUGGAGUAGAUGUGCAGAACAGGGAGGAGGCAGUUGCCAUUCUUACCCGAGAAGACAGCACCAAUUUCUCACUGCUGCUGGCCAGGCCAGAGAUAGAGAUGGAAUCUCAAAUGGACCCUGAAGACCUGGAUUUUGUUCUUCCCGAACGCAUGAAUGUGGAGUCUCUGAACACAUCCCACUUACCCAGUCUAUACCACCCUCAGCAGCAAAGAGACCAGACUGGCAGUCAUGAGAUUCAACAACACCGGGAAACAGCCUUGAUUAGUAUGGCCACCCUUAAUAACAGCCAGGAGUUGGACAGUGGAGUGGGCCGCACAGAUGAGAGCACCAAAAAUGAGGAAUCAUCAGAGCACGAUUUACUCCUUGGUGAUGAUCAGACCAGUGCCUCGAACACCAACACCACUAACACACCGCACAGCCUCCGCAAGUUCAGGCCUGGUAAGAGCGGUGGAGGUGGAGGUGAUACUCCUUCACCGUUGCUUAGUGUCAGAGAAAUCCACCUCAGCACAGACUCUCUGGAAUGUAGGGGUGCAGGGGGUGGAUACAUCUAUGACCCAGUAAGCACCAUGAUGAUGCCUGGACUGACUGAGGAAGAGUGUGAGCGGUACAGAGAGCUGAUUGAGAUCAAGUGUCGUUAUGAAAGAAAUCUGAAAAACUGCAAUGCAGGGAAGAGUGUUGAAGAAGAAAAGCAAAGAGACGGAGAAGGUGAGGAGGAAAAUGGAGAGCAAGAAAUAGCUUUGGAUGAGAACUGCAAUGAAAGUUUGACCCCGCAUGAGAUGAUACUCUUGGAGGAAGAGCUACGACACCUCGAGUUUAAGUGUAGGAACAUUCUUCGUGCACAGAAAAUGCAGCAGCUGAGAGAGCGAUGCCUGAAAGCAUGGCUUCUGGAGGAGGAGGCUUCAGCAAGGGGAUCUUCUGACCUACAAGGCUCCCCGCUGCAUGAGCUGUCCGAUAUUAAAGAACUCCCCGAGAGAGAGCGAUCAGACAAGGAAACUAGUAGUGCUUACAACACUGGUGGAGAAAGCUGCAGGAGCACACCUUUGGUAAGUGAUCAUCUGUCUCCUGUUGCUCAGAUGGACGGGUCUUGGUCUCCUCUACAUGGACGGCACAGAGACCGACCUAGCUGGAGUGAGAGGGGACGUUCUACUCUCAACUAUUCACCCAGUAGCUACAAGAAGCUCCAGAUGAACACCAAUAUCAACCAAAAGUUCCACUCCUUGUCUCGAGAAGGAACCAGUCGUUCAUUAGCUGAUGGAACACAGGUUAGGAGCUCGAGAGCUAGCAGCAUACAUGAGAGAACAGGCGGACGCAGUGCUGAUUCCAGUCCGUACUUCACCAGGCGACAGCACUCUAGUCGACCAAAGCCUGAGCGCUACCAGAGCUGCAUGCAGCUUGGCUCCUCAUUCUCAGAAACCCCCAUGGACAGAACCGUGGAAGGGGAAAGUGAGGCUCCAGUGGCCAGCAGUGGCCGAGCAAGCCCUAUGAGCAUGGCCGGAAGCACUCUUGGUCCUGUACUUCACUCCAGCCCAGCCAAACAUUCAUUAGAUUUGCCUCUUACACUCCCCCCUGCCUCUCCACACAUGGAAUGGAAGGUAAAAAUUAGAAGUGAUGGCACCCGCUACGUCGUGAAACGCCCUGUCCGCGAUCGCUUGCUGAAGGCUCGAGCCAUAAAGAUCAGUGAGGAGCGCAGCGGUAUGACCACUGAUGACGACGCCGUGAGUGAAAUGAAGAUGGGCCGCUACUGGAGCAAAGAGGAGCGCAAGCAGCAGUUGCUCAGGGCCCGUGAGCAACGCAGACGCCGUGAAUUUAUGAUGCAGUGUCGACUCGAUUAUCUCCGGAAUCAGGGCCAAGACCCAGUAAAGGAUGGCCAGCAAGAGUCAGGUCAAGCUUCGAUCCUAGAAAUGAGCCAGAAGAAGAGUUCAAAAAAGCGCAACCGCCGAAUCUUGGACAACUGGAUUACUAUUCAAGAGCUGCUGGCUCAUGGAUCUCGCUCUCCAGAUGGGACAAGGCUGUAUAACUCUCUUCUCACUGUCACUACAGUCUAAGAGAAUAAUCCUCAGAAAUCUCUGUAGCACAUCGCCAUUACAUAAAAAGUGCCAUUGAUUUAAAGCACCAUUUUUACAUAGCACAGCUGUUGCUUUACAUGUUUACCCCUUUGCUCAGCAACAAAGAUUUGAGUUGAAUGUACUAUUUAUAACAUGACAAAUUGUUCUUCUGCUUUUAGCAUAUGAAUGAAGUGGUUGCUUAAACGUUUUCUGGCUUCAAACGUAAAACCUCAUGUUUGCCUUUUACACUGCUAAACAAGCUUCAGUUAAAGUUUAACCUGCAAAGCCAAGUUCAUCCUAGAGAUCUAAUUACAUCUUGCUAAGAUAUAAAAAUAAAUGACAAAGAAAAGAGUGAAAAAACAAGUGCAAACACAUCCAGACAGGGGUGGCACAUGAUACAACUGAGCAAUUAACAUCCUCUCAUUGCUCUGUAACGUGUCUAGAAAUGCUAAUCAGAUGCCAAUAACCUUUGCCAUGAUUUUGGAUGAAAAUAUGAAAGCAACUUCAAAAAGAGGGUUGAUUUUUGUACUACAGGAUCUUAAGUCACAUAGGGUCUGUUCGAAAACAUAUUGAGCUGCCUUGCUGUCUUACUGCCUACAUUGGCAGCUGCCUCAGUAGAGAGGAUUCUAUAACAGCUACUUAUAAGUCAGGUUAUUCGAACACACUACUAAUGCCAAGUUCCCACUACACGAUUUUCCAAGUCGUCAGGUCGCUGUACAGUUUACACUACACAACUUUGCAAGUCGUCAGGUCGCUGUACAGUUCACACUACACGACUGGAUCUCUUGUAAUCGGGAGUCUUUCAAGUCGGUGUGGCUUUCACACUACACGACUGAUCGGCGAUAGGGGGUCAUACACUACACGAUCUAUCACCAACUGGAAUCGCAGGCGAGCUUCUCUGGUAUCCCAAACUACGUUUUGUAACGAAAACAAACGCAAGAAGUGACGAGGGGUUUAAUGAUACCACGUCAAAAAAUGCACGACAACAAGUAGCGAGCGAUCAAAGUUGUUUGCGUGCUGAGGUGCAGCGUAAAAGCAUAGAGAAAAAUAAAUGAAUCCAAGUGGAUUUGGCAACACGACCAGCAGGGAUUGUUCUGUUCUGUAGAGAGUUGGGGGUUAAUAAAAUGUUUUUUUUAAUGCAGCGUUGGUAUUAUGGUUUGGCGUGGAUGAUAAGUUCACAAAUAUUGUACAGCUUGUGUGUGUGCCGAUGUAUUCUGUAAGAAACCUUAUUAUCCCCCACACCGCACUUAUUGCCAGUUGCAACCGACUGAUCCAGAUAUUUGACAUACUAGAUAUCUCUCUUCAGUAGACAAGCGCUCGGUGAGCCGCUUGGAUCGAGUCAUUGAGCAGUUCACACAUAGCGAUUGAGAGCCGAGUUUAGAUCCGAGCUGCCACAUCUAGCUGCGACCAGUUGGGGAGCGAAAAUCAGGGCAAAAAUCGUGUAGUGUGAACUAGGCAUUAGACAGUGAUUACACCGGUUUCCAUUUACAAAGCUAACACAGUUAGCAUCAUGCCAUUAAAACCAAUGGGAUGAGGCGGCACAACACGCUAGCAUGUCAACUAACAUUUCCCUCCGUGUAAUGAAACCGGUUAAAUUGACACUGAGAAGUCCGAACUUGCAAAUAAAUGACACUUGUACACGUUAAUACAAUUAAAAUCAAUCACAAUUUGAAAUUUAAAAAUAACUCCGAUCAAGCGCUGCAUCGUCCACCAUGUUUGUUAUUUUUUUGUGAGAAAAGUUGUGCCGCGCUGAAUGUUGGGAUUGCCUUCACCGCUAAGGCAGCAUCAGAUGCUCCCUCAUUAUUCAGUCAAAAUACCGUUCAGAUUUAAGGUAUCUUACUAGGGAGCAUUUUAAGGCAUCUAGGAUUUCGAACAGCCUACUUCUCGGGAGCAUGCAUAGGAUGACGUGAAAUGCUGUCUAUGUAGAGAGCUCACUAGGUUUUCGAACACACCCAAAGACUGCUCAGCUGGUCAUAGUUUUUUAUAGUGGUACAUAUUUGUAACAAGUGGCUGAGUGUCACUCUACUACUGUAUGUCAGAUAAACUAUAGAGAGCUACCAAAAGGCAACAUCAGCAAUGGCUUUAAAACAACAAGGCAUUAUUUUUACAAACAAGUGAUACAGCAUUGUUAAACUAAUUUGCAGUUCUCUUGGUGUUCUUUAUGAGCUAAAUUUGCAUUUGAAACAACAAUUCAUUAGGAUCUUGUACUAUCCAGGCUUAUUUUUAAUAGCGAAUCUGGGUUCUAUGCACAUUAGCCAAGUAAAAUGAAUAAAUGACCUAGUGAAGUGUAAAGUAAGUUACAAGUAAUGCUUAAACAACUUAUAAAACAUUUUUUUUAUGAUUUAAAUGAACUUGUAUGAGUUAUGGCUUGGUACUGCAGCACAAAUAUUAAUAGCCGGCUACACAGGCAAAAUCAUUAAUCAAGUGUAUUCAACAUGUAGUCACAAGCCAUCUGCUAAGUCCCGAGUGUGUUUCUAUACUGCUAUUUAAAAAAAAAAAGAAAACCUACCCUAGAAAAUUGCUGAAAGGUAUACAAGCACAUAGCAGGAAAUUUGUUUACAGUUUUUUUUCCCAUUUAUUUAUGCAUUUCUCCCAUUUUCUCCAAAUUUAGUGUAGUCAAUUUGUCUUCCACUGCUGGAGGAUCCCUGAUUGCAGUCCAGAUGGGUAUAUUGCUGCUCACGCCUCCUCCGACCCACAUGCAGCCCUUAGCAGAACCCUUUUUCACCUAUCUGCCAGUCAGGGUCCUUACACAGCGUUUGAAGACCCCACCCACAUAGUCCGGUCAUCCCGCCCUAGCAGAACUAUGUCUGCUGCAGGCACUAUGUCUGCUGCAGGCACUGCCAAUUAUGCCCGCUAGAUGGCACCCAGCCGAAUGGUGGCAACACCGAGUUUCGAACCAAGGAGUUCAGAAUCUCGGCACUGGUGUGCUAGCGGAAUAUCCCACUGCGCCACCUGGGUGCCUUUUGUUUGCAAAUUUACUUGUAAUUCAUAAGAACAUUGUAACAUUUGGGGUCUUAUUACUGUAAUUGCAAAAUCCAAGUUAAGAGAGCCAUUCCAAUCUAAAAUGAAGUGAUAUAAAUGCUUCUCAGGUCUUUUAGAAAUGUGUUUUGUAAUUUUUCAUAUAUUAAAUGCUUAAACAUGAUACAAUCUUGUUCCUAACACAAUGCCAUAGUGGCGCUUGAUUUACACUUCUACAUGCCGGAGUGGGUAUUAUGCUCUUAAAUACAAGCUAAGAGUCACACAGUUUUUUGUUUUUUUUUAGAUUAACCCCACUUCACACGCACAUUCCACCUGUAACAGCCCACAAGCUGCCCAAACGGUAGUACUAUGUGUAGUAUUCUAAUUAUAUGAGUAAUAGAGUAUUAAUUGGUAUUUCAAAUACUAUGAAGUAUGUACUAUGUGGGGAUCUCGGUGAUACAAGAAAAUGAUCUCUGCCCACACAACAAUCUCUGCCCGCAACAAACCACUAUGACACAUCAGUGCAUUUCCAAAUGGAUACCAAGAAUGUCAUUGUAAAAUGAGCCUUACUUUUAGCAUUAGUUGUAUUUAAUAGUCAACUGUCUGGAAUGUUUGAAACCGUCCAUGAGGUUUACAGCACACAAUUUAGUUGGUGAUUUUGAGGGUUGAUCUGUAUAUUGUUAGCCUUUCUAAUAUCAGUAUUGCCAACAAUGUGUGGACAAUUAAAGACUGUACAUAAACUGAUUUGAAUUAAAGACAAUGAGCCAUGUUGUUUAACGUCUGGAGAAGAUAAUCACCAGCAGAGACAGCUAAAGCACACUACUGUAGAAGAGUAAUGUCUACUUUACCUGCCUGAAGGAUCACCAGAAACUACAAAUGAUGAAACAGUUCAGCACAGAAUUAAAGGUUCAAAAUAUCAGAGGAAUGUAACUUGAAACAGCUGGCUUCUUUUUUUUGUAAAAUAUUGUGAAUUGAUAUGAAACAGCUUUGCUUAUUACAUUGACCUCACUUACCUUAAUAUCACUAUGCUUAAAAAGUGUUUUUUGCACUUCUCCCCACUCUUUCAGACUGUGAUUUUGCAUGAUUUUUACAAGAGCUAUAGCACACAUUAACAAAAUGCUCUAUGAAUUUUAUUGCUGUAUAUUUAUUAUGCUGUAUACUACAUGUGUGAUCAGUGUUUCAGACUUAAGCUUUUAUUAUACUGUUUGUGUGUUAGUGAAAAGUAAUUUUUGGGUAAAUUUGUUAUAUGAGUUGGUAUCUGUUGAUUGAUAUCAGUGGUCAUAUGUAACUAAUGUAAACUGCAUUAGAUCUUACAUGCAUUAGAUCUUACAUGGUCAUUUCUAUGUACUGUUACAUGGUCCUAAUCUAUGAAGUUUUAGUGAAAUAAACCAUUUUGUAUUGCUUAAUAUAAUAAGUUUAACAUUCUCAUGUUUUAUUAAUUUGAUUAUUACUUUGAUCAGCUCGCAUAUGGCACCUUAAAUAGUAUUUAGUUCAUAAUAAUGUGAAGCAGGUAAGUUAUGUAAUGAUAAAGUCUACAGAUAGAAAUGUAAGUGAAUUAAAAUAUAUUAUUUAUGUUAUAUAACGACCUAAUGUGCGUGCACUACAAAAUGAUUCGGUUGACACUGAACUGGCUCGACAGAAUCAGUUCGAAAGAAAUAUUUGUUAAUAACUACCCGCCUUUUUUAUUUGGUAACUAAUGCACAGUGAGUGAUUUGUUAUACUUGGUCAUUUCAAUGUAC